CUGCUGUUCGCGUUCUUCGCCGUCGCAUUUGCAGCUAAUGGAUCCUCCACCUAUACGUAUCAGCACCAAGGGUCCAAUGCGUUCUCUUUGGCUCUUGGACUAAACACGACCGGCAAUGACCUAUAUUUUAACAUGUCUGCUCCAUCAACUUAUUCAUGGUUUGCGUUUGGCAUUGGAGGCCAGAUGAAGAAUUCACUCAUGUUUGUUGGGUACCCCAGCUCGAACGGCACAGGUGUGACUCUGAGCCCACGACUCUCCACCGGACACCAACAACCACAGUACACGUCCUCCAAGAACGUCCAGGUUAGAUCUAGCUCCAUCACUAACGGAGCAUAUCAACUCAUGGGCGUAUGUUACAACUGCACGACCUGGUCUCUUGGAACAAUGGACACAACGUCAACUCAACAGCCCUUCAUCUUUGCCCUCGGACCCACGGGUGAAACCAUCUCUAGUGACUCGACGUCUCAGAAUAUCGAUCAACACACCUUGUACAACUCUUUCUCGAUGGAUAUGACGCAAGCUGCCUUCUCCGGCUCCAACACGCCCGCAUUGGAUUCUGGCAGUACCGCUGCUUCAUCAAAUGGUGCAAGUGACUCUUCCUCUGGCGCAUCUACUGGUGCAUCUACUGGAGGAGGUGACAACACAUACAACCGUGUUCACGGCAUAUUCAUGGCCAUUGCAUUUGUCAUCCUCUUCCCCUUGGGUGUUUUGGUGCUCCGUCUUGGCCACAGCGUCAUUGGCCAUGGUAUCGUCCAAGCCACGGCAUACUGUUUCGUGAUUGUGGGUCUGGGAACUGGUAUCUACUUGUCCCAACAAGAUAAAUCCAUGAGUGGAUACAACUCAGCUCACCAAAUCAUCGGACUCGUUCUCUUCUCCCUUCUCGCAAUCCAAGCUCUCGGUGGCCUCAUCCACCACCUUCUCUUCCGCCGCGGCCACAAAACCAUCAUCGGAAAGGUGCACAUGUUCCUCGGUAUCGGCUUAAUUAUCUUGGGCAUCGUCAACGUACCUUUGGGUCUCAACCUCGCGGGCGACAGCAACUACAACAAAUACUAUAUUAUUGUUGUUUGUAUCCUCGGUGCUCUAUUCUUGGCCCUCCGGUUCUGGGCGCUGUGGAGGGACAGAAAGUCGGCAAAGAGGGAGGGAAGUGAGAAGGGUGUUUUGAGAAGGGGCUCUAGCAGUGAAGAAGCUGUCAUG